GUUCAUCUUGUUCUUCCACCCAGCUUUGUAUAUCAAAUCCCAGUGUCUACUGCGCUUUCCACACCCACAUAUUGGGGCAGCCUUGUGCGAUCUCAGGCAGACUGACAUCACAGACCAAGCUGAUAUAAGAGGCAUAAAAAGGGGGGGUAAGACAUUUAGAGUCCAUGAAGCAGACGUGACCACAAGGCCCCACCAGAAAUGAAUAAAAAAUCCUCAAGCUCAAGCAUAAAGUGUAAAAAGGAAGAAAGUGACUUUCAAAUAAAAGACAGCUAGAAAAGAAGGAACGGAACCAACUGAUCCAAAGCACCGUAGCAAGAUGUCCCACUCCCCUGUUCUGCUGCUGCUUCUUCCGUUCUAUAUUUCAAUUGCAGGUACCACAGCACCUCCCAAUCAUGGAGAGAAGAACGUAGAACUAAACGGCAAAGGGAUCGACAUAAUUACUGCCUCAACUGUUAGUAUUAUUCAGUCUACUCUAUUACUAGAUACAAAUAAUACAUGGAGACAAAGAAGUUCCAAUGAACAUAUCCAGUUUAUAAAUGGUGGGAUAGGUGUGGAAUACUAUGAAGAUAAAGACUAUAAUGAUAAUGAAGCAAAAGUGAUUACAUCUCCCUCAUAUGGUUCUCUCAAGCCCUGUGCCUAUGAUCGCUGCAAACACCUGGAGGAACCUUGUGAAGAAACACAAAGAGCUGCAGGAUACCAUUGUCUGUGCCCUGGAAUAGAUGGACCUUCAGUGCCACCUGAUUCUCCACGCCUAGUGCAAUCAGUUCCUGAUGAAAGUGGAGUCAGUUUGAGAUGGUGUUCUCCCCUGUCCACUGUACGUGGCUAUAGAGUACUGCAUGGAACUAGUGGAAACCCCAUGCAGAGUGGACCAGUCCUUAAUUCCACCUAUCGCUUUUACUCCAUUGAAAAACUUCUUCCAGAUACUUCCUACAGAGUGUGUGUAGUAGCCUUAAAUGAGGCUGGAAGAAGCAAGGUAGAUUUUGGAGAGGAUCAUGAAGAGGAAGAAAACUGGGAAUGGGGUAAACCAGGCCCCUGUAGAAUAAUACAUACAACCGGCACUAAGGCAUCCAUGAUAUUAUUAUGGACAGGUGUGACUAUUGCAGUGCUGGCAGGCAUGAUGGGCGUAGCCAUGCUGGGAUAUUGGUUGAGGAAAAGGGGCAGGCGUAAGCGCCAGAAGAUUGAAAGAGGGGUAGAAAUGGGCAUAUCAAAUUUAUCCUUUAAAUCAGAAAGUGUGGAGCAGCUAUAACUACUCAGCAUCAACAUGUACUAUAUAUUGUGUAAAUAUAUAUUUAUUUAUUGGA